UCCACCAAACCACGCCAUACCCAAGCCACAUCCACAGAACCAGUAGUAAAAAAAAAUUUGAAUCCCACCAUGGGUCAGAGGGUACCUAGAUCAAGCAGAAGUUGGGAAGAUCAAUUAAUGGCGACAAGCAUGGGCAACUAUGGAAGAUGGAACAAAGUAGCUUUCUCUAAAAUGGACUUCAACCACACAGUUGAAACAGUAUCGGGAUUUUUUUUGGAGCGGGGGGGGGGGAGAAGCGGAUGCCUGCUUGUUGUUGUUAAAGUAACCUUUGUUCACUGCUCAGUGCAUGGAACUCAGCAUUGCCCUGCAUUCUAUACCUUUGUGACAACGCUGUAGCCUUUGAAUGCUGCCUUCUGUCGAGAGAAAAAUAGAUCAAGCUGGGCUUGGCUUUGUAGGCGAGAUGGGAUUUUUGAUCAUGUUACUCCUGAUGCAGCAACUACUGACUGUGCCAGGUCUUCAAAGAUUCAGAAGAUCUGUCCCAGAAGACUUCAUUGCACCCUUGGAGCUCCAGCAGAAACAGUUUGGCUUAGUGGAUGAUUAUGGCCUUCAACCACGCCAUCCCAAAUUCCAGAUACGGAAACAACGUAAGGAGUCAGAAACACUGCACAGAACACAUAAAAGCAAAAGGGAUGAACCCAAUGUUGAAGAGUAUUAUUACGAUGACCUCCUUUGAAAGUGGCAAGAGAACAUGCUGUAUAGCCAAAUGCAUAUAGCAAUAAUCCCCAUCCUGUUACUUAACGCUAUUCUAAAAACUCUCCCUGCAGCUCUGUCUGCACCCCUAUCAUAAACACAAUAUUUUAAGGUGAGAUUGACGUUUGUAGAUUCUCUGUUUUCCUUUCUUGCUUUUAAUUCCUACUAUGCUAAAUAAUAAUUUGGAAACUUUUGGCUACUGGCUGGAGAUAAGGCUUCAUCACCAACAUUGAGGCUGUGUAGUGAAAAAUGAGAGUCCAAUACAGUUUUCAGUGCCAUGACUAUUUCAUCAACAACUUCUCCAGUGAUUCUGAAUUUGGUUUCCACCUCAUAUUAAAAUUAUAAUCUAUAUAAAUUAAUGUUAUGAACAGAUUUUAUAGCCUUCAAUUUCAACAAUUAUUAAAUAGGCCUAGC